CAUACCGUGAAUGCAGCUGAGUGUUGAGGGUAGGGGGGGGAGCAGCUGCAGCAGCUGAGUCCGAGACAGAAGUGACCGCUAGCUUCAUGUCAGCCACAGACAUUACUGAACUAGCACGAGCGGAAAUCUUUCACAGGGAAGAAGGAGAGGGACAGACAGAGGGAGAGUGAGGGGGGUCGCUGGAAGGGAUACUUGACUGUAUUUCCUUACGUUUGAACCGACUAAACAUUUAUAUCGGUUCGGGUUUGUACCUAUUUUUUUUAGGGAGCUCGGGAAUACCAGCUGUAGGAAGGUUAGCUAGCCACCGCCAUCUCCUCUCAGUCGGAGCGACCGCCGUGUCUUCCACACCAUGGGGAACGCUGCCACCGCCAAGAAGGGCAACGAGCUAGAGAGCGAGACUUUUGUAAAAGAGUUUCUAGCCAAAGCCAAAGAAGAUUUCUUACGGAAAUGGGAAUGCCCACCACAGAGCACAACGUGCCUAGAUGACUUUGAAAGAUUAAAGACUCUGGGUACUGGCUCAUUUGGAAGAGUCAUGCUGGUGAAACACAUCGGAACAGAGCAAUACUUUGCCAUGAAAAUACUGGACAAGCAGAAGGUGGUGAAACUCAAGCAAAUAGAACACACGCUAAACGAGAAGAGGAUAUUACAGGCUGUGAGCUUCCCCUUUCUCGUCAGACUUGAGUAUGCGUUUAAGGACAACUCCAAUUUGUACAUGGUGAUGGAGUAUGUUCCAGGAGGAGAGAUGUUCUCACACCUAAGACGGAUUGGAAGGUUCAGUGAACCACAUGCACGGUUUUAUGCCGCCCAGAUAGUGCUGACAUUUGAGUACCUCCAUUCACUAGAUCUCAUAUACAGAGAUCUUAAACCUGAGAACCUUCUCAUUGACCACCACGGCUACAUCCAGGUGACAGACUUUGGAUUUGCCAAGCGGGUAAAAGGCAGGACCUGGACGUUGUGUGGGACACCAGAGUACCUGGCGCCAGAAAUCAUUCUCAGCAAAGGCUACAACAAAGCCGUGGACUGGUGGGCCCUCGGAGUGCUCAUCUAUGAAAUGGCAGCUGGCUACCCUCCAUUCUUUGCCGAUCAGCCUAUUCAGAUCUAUGAGAAGAUCGUGUCUGGAAAGGUACGAUUCCCGUCCCACUUCAGCUCCGACUUGAAGGACCUGUUGAGAAACCUGCUGCAGGUGGAUCUCACCAAACGUUACGGCAACCUGAAGAACGGAGUCAACGACAUCAAGGGCCACAAGUGGUUUGCCACAACAGACUGGAUCGCAAUCUACGAGCGAAAGGUGGAAGCUCCAUUCAUACCAAAGUGCAGAGGCCCCGGGGACACCAGCAACUUCGACGACUACGAGGAGGAGGAAGUCCGCGUUUCUUUAACGGAAAAAUGCGGAAAGGAGUUUGCAGAGUUUUAGGAGUGCGAUAACAUGGAUAUAUCAGGGAAAUAAGGGGAUCUUUGCACUCUUCUAAAGACUUGGGAUGGAGCAGAGACCAUCAUUUUUUCAGAUCUACUACAUAGUCCCGUCAUUCCAUAAGGCUGAAUGAGGUCGCCAUGAUCCUUGGGUGCCGAUAACCUCUCACUGUCACGUACACCUGCGCAUUAAAGCAGACUCACCACCUUUUUCUUUUACUUUUCUUUUGUACCUACCCACUGUUUUUUUGUUUGUUUUUUACUUUGAAGCAGUUAGUCUUGGAUGUCGUUAUCCCCUUUUAAAAUGUGAUAUUUUUCAAUUUAUGAGGAAAAACUGAGACAAUGGCCAAUAAUACACAGUUUGACACACACUUGGGUUGUAGGCUAUUCCAUCUAGUCGUUAGCGGUAUAUAUUUUAUGGUCUGUUACAAGUCCACAUCACAUUGGCUAUUGUAAGAUUCUGGCCAGCUCUCAGAGGUAGCAUUCAUCCUAUGUGCAUAUCCGUCAGUUUUGUAAGACAUUUGAACACAUUAAGUGUUGAAAGCAUGACCAAAUAGAAAACAUUGGGUGACACAAGAAGAGAGGUCCGUUCCUUUCUUUGCUUUUUGCCUAGAGAGCCAAAUCCCCCCCCCCCACACAAAAGUCUCCAGUCACUGUCUUCUUGGUAUUCUGACCCAGGCACAGCAAGCCAUCGCAAAACAUGAGAAACCUUGUUACAUUAGUCGACUGCAAAUUUUUGUUUGUCUGAUCCUCUUGGAUCUGUUAAUUACAUGUAAAAUUUGUCAUUUGGUAUCUAACUAUUAUUUUGUCGCUGUGUCUAACAUUAUUAGUCAUAUUGUCCCUAGAUUUCAGGUCUGCUUAUAAAGACCCUUUGUUAUGAGUCUGUGGAACAGUGUGACUUCAGUAAACGGAAAAGAGUGAAAUAAAAAUCUUUUCAGGUUUUUAUUGAGUGUAAUGUUGAGUUGAGAAGGUCGGUGUGAACAGUGUUGGGGCUUUGUGCCUCGACAUUAUCAGUGAAACCUAAAAAAAAGUAUAGAAUUUGUAAAGUAUUGAAUCAAAGAUGUUUUAAAAUCUUAAGAAACAGGAACGCAAAACUGCAUAUUUACCAUAUUCUCCCUGUUACCACCCCCUACAUAUUUCUUUGUUUCAUUCUUAUCAAAGAAUGUAGAUUUGCAACUUAUAGGUAUGCAUAUUUGAAGGCUUGAUUUCAAGGUACAGUUUUCCUCACAAUACACUGGCUAAAAUAAAGACUGCUCCUUUGUAUCACAUGUAACCCUGUUAUUGUUAAACUCAUUACAUCAUACGUAUAUACAUUGUUUCAUAUAUGUUUUUAUUUAUACACAUUAGAGAUGCUAAUAAAUUUUAUUUUUAAAAGUG